AUGUCUGAGCAUUACAGUGUACCUCCUAUGGAGGUAAGAAAUGAUAUCUUGUUGGUUUAUAGAAUUUCUCCUAGAAGAAAUAAUGGACCAUCAUGGGGGUCGCGGUUGUGGGGCUCGCUUUGGCAUAGAAAGAGACCUUCGAAGGGAAAAGGUUAUCGGCUGCCAGAAGUACAUUGUCGUCGUUUCUCAUUGGCAGAGAUUGGAACCGCUACAGACAAUUUCAAUGAUCGCCUCCGAAUAAAAAUGGGGAAGGUUUACGAGGGUUAUAUAGAAAACAUGGGGAAGGUUGCUAUCAAAUGGUUCAUAGCCAAUGAUCUCUUCUAUGAUAAUUUUUGCACAAUGUUGGAGGUGCAAUCCCAACUUCGAUGCAUCAAUGUAGUGUCCUUGGUGGGGUACUGCUAUGAUGGUCAUGAGAUGAUCCAGGUGCACGAAUACAUGGCCAAUGGAAACCUAUUCGAUCGUCUCCACAAUUCCAGCAAUAAUAAUAAUCCUGCGUCGUGGAAGCAGAGGCUCCAAAUCUGCAUUGAUGUGGCACAAGGACUGGAAUACCUUCAUACAAGUGUUGCAAAGAUUUCAGAUUUUAAGGUAUCCUUGUUGGUUCCCGAGAAUGUCUCAUUCAUCUUCACAGAAUGUGUGGGUAUAGUUGACUAUACGAUCCAGAGUAUUGGGAAACUUGUCGAUACGGAAAAAUCUGAUGUUUACUCUUUCGGCGUGGUGUUGUUUGAAGUGUUGUGCGCUAGGAAAUCAAUAUCUAUGGAGGGAGAGGAGAGGGUUCUAAGCACGUGGGCCAUAGAAUACAUAGAAGCGGGCUCAGUUGAACAAAUCAUCGAUCCGUAUCUGACUAGAAAGAUAUCGCCUUUUUAUUUAAUACUGUUUGUGGAAAUUGCUAGGAAAUGCUUAAUUCUUAGAGCGGCCGAACGCCCUCCAAUGACUGAGGUUGUGCGCACACUCAAGUUUGCUCUAGAAGUGGAGGAAACUGUUAAUGCCGCAGUGGAGUAUAAGAUGAUCAAAAGAAUGGCUGAGCCUCACGAUAUUUUUGAAGUUAGAGAUUGUUAUGGAGAUUUUAUCACGUUGUUCUUCGGCAAAAAGGAUCUCGAUGUUUGA